AUGGACGGAGGAAGAGUGUCGGACUUCAGCAUCGAGCGCAUCCUGUCUCCGCAGCUCGGCCCAAGGCCGGAUGAGUAUCACCGGGGCGUGAUCCGUGUGGACUCGGCGAAUGUCAGACCUCCUGCGCCGGUCCAGGUCCCGAUGCAGGUGAUGGGCUGUCAGCAGUGCAAAGAGAUGAGCUUCGGAGAGGAGUGGUACCCGUUUUACAGAGCCGCUUUCCAUCAGCAGAACUUCUAUCCAAACUAUGGAAUUUACGCGCAGUUCAGCCCAAACUCUGCAGAUGUGCAGCCUCUGGCGACCUACAGUGGAUACCCGCGGGUCACGGUGGUGGCCCAGCAGCCGCUUCAGAAGUUCCGGAUGAGGACGGUGUUCACGGACAGUCAGAUCAAGCAGCUCGAAGCUCUGUUCGAGAUCACCGACUACCCCGCGGUGGAGACUCGUGCUGAACUGGCGAGGCGCACCGGGCUGAGCGAGGAGACCGUCAGGGUGUGGUUUAAGAACCGCAGAGCCCGGAGGAAGCGCCAGUGA